AUGCAGGACGGACUGGACCUGAGUGCAGUGGGGGCAAAGCCUCUGAGUAAACUGGCCAUGUGUCUCAAGCCACGCUACCAUUUUGCAGCUCUACACCAAACCUUCUAUGAGAGAAUACCGUACAGGAAUCACAAAAUCCUCCAAUGCAAGCCACAUCAUGUGACACGGUUCUUAGCUUUGGCUCAAGUGGGAAAUCCAGACAAGAAGAAAAGAUACCUGUAUGCAUUCUCUGUCACACCCAUGAGCUCCAUGGACGAGAAAGAGCUGACUCAGCAACCACCCACUGCCACCAACUGUCCCUACACUGAACUAGUUAAAUCUUUAAUUGGUAAGGAAAACGUCAGGGAGUCUCAAGAGGAGGCUGGGCCUAACUUUUUUUUUGACCAGAGGGCUCUUGAUUCCGCUCAUCGCAAACAGAAGAGACAACAGGAUGGAGCACCCCCUGCAAAGAGACGACCCCCGCCCCAGCCCAGGGGGCCAUGCUGGUUCUGUCUGGGGGGUAAGGAGGUGGAGAAACAUCUCGUAGUCUCCAUCGGAGAUCAUACGUACCUGGCUUUAUCCAAGGGUGGGAUGGUACCAGAGCAUGUGCUGGUCCUACCCAUCGGUCACUAUGCAGCCUCCACUGACGCACCACUAGAGGUUUUGGAGGAGCUUGGAAAGUUUAAGAGUGCUCUGAGGAAGUACUUCAACAGCAAAGAUCAGUCGUGUGUCAUCUUCGAGAGAAACUACAAAUCACAGCAUCUUCAACUACAGGUUAUUCCAGUGAUGACCAAGAUUCCAUCUGAUGCUCUGAGACAAGCCUUCAUAGAUUAUGGGCGGAGUAUGGGGGUGUAGCUUGAGACUGUGCCCAGGGAAACACCACCCUCAGAGGUAACACACACACAUCAUAGCUGUACCAUGUUCUACGUACCAUUCUCUAAGCCUUUUAUAGCCUCGAUUCCAGGCCGAUUAAAAUACGGCCUGGUACCUAUUGCAUGGUGAUAGUGCGCAUGCGCUAGUUUAUUCACCAGAAUCCUUUCUCUCAUCUAUUUUCUAUCUAUGUACAUCAGCUUAGUAUUGCGUUGUUUCAGAAGGCUUUCACACUAGUCUAAAGUCAGAAGAGGCUCUCAUCUACCUCUAUGACGGUUGUAUGGUCAGGAUGUCUUACCUUAGAUCUGUACAGUCUAUGGGAAGUGUAUGGUGCCUCUUGACUGCUACUUGCGAAGACAACCCAGCUAUAGGACCAUCCUAGACUUACAUGUAGAUGAGAGCCUUAAAAUUAGUGUUCAAGCCUUCUAGACCAAUGCAAUAGAUACAUAAGCCACAGCUUCACAGAACUCAGUCAUGGAGAUAAAGUAUUACGGAACAUUAUUAUUCUUAGUAAACAGUAUAAUUUACGUUCGUAGUACGAUUACCCAUAUUCUGAGUAAUUUGAAGCGCAUGCGCACUAUCACUCCUACAAUAGGUAUGUACCAGGCCGUAUUUUAAUGCGGCCUGGAAUCGAGGCUAAACCUAAGUGAUCGAUACUUCUCUUUGCCAAAAUCUGUUGGUUUUGCUACACCCACACACACACACACACAAUCCCCCGCAUACAUACACACACACCCCUCCUUACUCCCACCACCCACCCACCCACACCCACACACACACACACACACUCACACACACACACACACACAGCUUGCGUUCACUGGUGUCCCAUACUUCCUGGCAGAGUUUGAUGAUGGGGGAAAUGUGUUCACAAGACCAUUUUCUCACCAACUCACGCAGACAAACAACCAGAUCACUGAAUAUAGGUUAUAGUAUGUUUCUACUACUGUGAGCUCAUGAGGUAAACAGCACUCUCAAGUGAGUAGGUAAGAACAUGUCCGUGAGUCUCGUCACACCGACAAUGCACACCUCUAACGUUUCUAUUGCAUACUCAGCAAAUGUCUCUUCCACAAAUCUCUCAUCAUACCUAUCGAGUGAACACACAAACUGUUCUAGUUCCUGGAACAAUACGUACGGACGUUUCUCUCUCCAAUUUGGAAGGGAGUUGUUGGCUGAUCCUCUCGUUCUGAAUCUGCCCAAUUGGAUCAACUGGAAGUCGUGUGUGGCAACAAAGGACGAGGAGACGAAAGCUGCUCUAGAAAUGAAGAAGAACUUUGAACCAUAUUAUUUUUAUUUCACAUGCAACUGACAACGAUGAUUAAUUUCUUUAUUUUCACUUUUACUUUUGUAUAAUUGACGUUUUGUGUAUUAGCUAGUUGUCCAAUAAUAAUUAUGGUUGGCCAUAAUUAUUAUAAUUAUAGUUAUAGGAGUGCAGAUCAAUAUCAGUGGGCAAUUAUUUUCCUUGUCCCAAUGUUGUAUUAGAAUGCUG